AUGCCGGGAGUCGUGGAUCGGAUGGAGCUGAGGAAAGUCGCCACAGAGGCCGACGACGACAGCACGGACAGCUUGGAUGACCGUUUCGCUGACACCAUCGAUUCGGAAAAGGCUACUAUCAACAGUCAGUUCCUGGAUGACAUGGAUGACGGAGAGAGCCAGAAGUUUCUGACCAAUGGAAUGAUGAAGAAGAAGAAAUAUGAAGAGUACCAUGAAGAAUAUCAUCCGGGCCAUACAUCCUUUGGAAUGUCGGUCUUCAACUUAAGUAACGCCAUAAUGGGCAGCGGCAUCCUAGGCCUCUCCUACGCCAUGGCCAACACUGGCAUUAUACUAUUUACACUCCUACUCAUCGCUGUUGCCGUCCUGUCUUUGUAUUCUGUGCAUCUGCUUCUGAUGACAGCUAAAGAGGGAGGAUCCCUCAUCUAUGAAAAGCUAGGAGAAAGGGCAUUCGGGUGGCCUGGAAAAAUAGCUGCAUUUGGAUCUAUUAUCAUGCAAAAUAUUGGAGCCAUGUCAAGCUACCUCUUUAUCGUCAAAUACGAGCUGCCAGAAGUUAUUCGGGCUUUCUUGGGUUUAGAAGAAAGUUCCGGUGAAUGGUACCUUAACGGAAACUACCUGGUGAUCUUUGUAUCCCUCGGCAUUAUUUUUCCCUUGUCUCUGCUUAAAAACCUGGGCUAUCUGGGCUACACAAGUGGUUUUUCGCUUUCCUGCAUGGUGUUCUUCUUGGGAGUCGUGAUCUACAAAAAAACUCAGCUACCGUGCCCUCUGCCAUUCCUGGACAACCCGUCGGCCAACCUAAGCAUGAACUCCUCGCAGAUGGCGGGCUUGUACUCGUUCCACAACCGCUCGGCGCAGAUGGACUUCUCCCGGGCGGACGUGUCGCCGGCGGUCACAGAAAUUCACCCCGUCCACGCCGGCGUCCACGUCGAGCCGCACCACGACGAGGACAUGUGCACGCCCAAAUACUUUAUCUUCAACUCGCAGACUGCCUACACUGUCCCCAUCCUGGCCUUUGCCUUUGUGUGCCACCCUGAGGUGCUGCCCAUCUACAGUGAGCUAAAAGAUCGCAGCAGAAAGAAGAUGCAAAACGUCUCCAACCUGUCUAUCUUGGCGAUGCUCGUUAUGUAUAUGAUGUCGGCACUAUUUGGCUACCUCACUUUUUACGAAAACGUGGAGGCUGAGCUGCUUCACACCUUCACCAAGGUUUACAAGUUUGACACCCUGCUACUCUUGGUGCGCUUGGCUGUGCUCACAGCCGUCACGUUGACUGUUCCUAUUGUGCUUUUUCCGAUCCGUUCGUCCAUCACAACUCUGCUAUUCAGCGGCCGAGGGUUCAGCUGGCCUCGCCACAUGCUAAUCGCCGCCUGCAUCUUGAUCUUCAACAACAUGCUAGUCAUCUUCGUCCCGACUAUCCGAGACAUCUUCGGCUUCAUCGGUUCCUCGGCAGCUACUAUGCUCAUCUUUAUCCUCCCCGCGGCCUUCUACCUCCGCUUGGUGAAGUCGGUACCUCUCCGUUCCCCUCAGAAGAUCGGGGCGGCCGUCUUCCUAGUCGUGGGAAUCGUCUUCAUGAUUGGCAGCCUGUCACUCAUAGUCCUCGACUGGAUCCACAAUCCACCUGGUUCCAGUGGGGGGCACUAA